AUGGUGAAUGAAAUCAACCCUCCGAGGGGUCAUCCCUUGUUGCCUCGCAAAGCAAAUGAACAGACAAAAGAGUCGGCAAGCCCGCAGCCAGAGUUUGGAAAGCCAACUCCUCUACGAUCACAGCAGACACAAGCACAAGCACAACUGCCAUUUAACAUCCCGAAAAGCAACCAGCCGCGUGUUGAGCACCAUCGCCCGGGCCCGAAUCAUCAAUCUACCCAGCUUAAUAAACCUCAAGCGUCGAAUAAUACUCAUUACCGAGAGCCCUUCAAUCCAUUCAAGCCGGUAGUUCCCUCCGCAUACACCAGCCAUCGUACCACCACUUCCCUCGUUGACGAUGAUGUUGUUGAGAUACCGCGCCCGACGCAACAUACUUGGACAACGAAGCAGGCCCCGCUUUCUAUUUUCUCGUCAAAGCCCUCGGUUCCAAAGGUGUCGAAUGCCUCUAAGACCUUGAAGAAUUUCAUUGAUCUUACAAACGACAGUGUCGGGUUCCAGGGCCCUAGCGCAUCCCAGUCCUUCCAGGCACCAUCGUAUCCACGGGAGGAAUUCGGGUCGAUUGAUGCUUACUCAUAUGUCGAUUCGGCUCAAGCGCAGGAGAAUAUAAAAGCGUUGCUUGAAGGAGCUUUUGAAGAUGAGGAUGACAAGCCUAGGACAAGAGCUAGGAAGAAGAAGAUUGAGGCAGAUAUCAACGAUUUGGCUUCUAAGCUUGAGAAAGUUUCUGUCGGCCAGAAAUCCGAAGACAAUCAAGAGGACGAUGCAGAGAGCGAGGAUGAAGAAGAGGUUGAUGAUGGUACACGAGAAGGCCUAAAAGUCAAAUUACUUCCGCAUCAGAUUGAGGGUGUGGAAUGGAUGUGUGACAAAGAAAACGGCCAAAAGAAAACAAGAGGCGUUCUGCCGAAAGGUGGUGUUCUUGCCGAUGAUAUGGGCCUUGGAAAAACUGUUCAGUCUAUUACUUUGAUCCUCACAAACCCAAAGCCAACCUACGAAAAGAAUGGCAAGGAAAGUGCCAAAGUUGAGACGAAGAAAAAGGAGUUCGAAGGUGUCGAUAAAGGCACGCUGAUUGUUGCCCCGCUGGCUCUCAUCAAACAGUGGGAGUCGGAAAUUGAGAGCAAAAUCGAGAGAUCACAUAAACUGAGCGUAUGCGUCUACCACGGUGCGAAUCGGUCGAAAUUCAGUAACGAUUUGAAAAAAUACGACGUUGUCAUAACAACCUACGGCACAUUGAGCUCCGAGCAUGCCGCCAGUGGAAAAGGCAAGGUUGGCUGCUUCAAAGUCCAUUGGUAUCGCAUCAUUCUAGAUGAGGCCCAUACCAUCAAGAACAGAAACGCGAAAGCCACCCAUGCAGCCUGUGCUUUAGAGGCCCAAUACCGGUGGUGUUUGACAGGCACCCCUCUUCAAAACAACCUCGAUGAGCUGCAAAGCCUCAUCAAAUUCUUACGAAUUAAGCCUUAUGAUGAUCUGGCUUCCUGGAGAGAUCAGAUCACUCGCCCGCUCAAUAACGGUCGUGGUGGUCUUGCUAUCAAACGCUUACAAGUCUAUCUCAAGGCAUUCAUGAAAAGGCGCACAAAGGACGUUCUUAAACUAAAUGGCAGUCUCAAGCCCGGAGAAGAAAAAGGGGAAGGUGAUGGUAAAAAGAAAUCCUCGACCGGUUUCCAGAUCACCAAGCGUGAAGUUAUCGAAAUUGAGUCCGAUUUUUCACCAGCAGAGCUUGAGUUCUACAACCGAUUAGAACAACGAACGGAUAGGCGACUUUCUCAGAUGAUGGGAUCUAAACUCAAUUAUGCAAGUGCUUUGGUCAUGUUGUUACGACUUCGUCAAGCGUGCAACCAUCCCGAUCUCGUCAAUAGUGAUCUAGCCGAAGACAAGGACGUGUUGUUGAAUAAUGCACCGAAGGGUGCAAAAUCCCAGAACCAGGUCGAUGUGGAUAACAUUGUGGAUCUCUUGGGUGGCCUCAGCGUUGUCAACAAGAAAUGUGAUAUUUGCCAAGCAGAUCUCACGUCGGCGGAAUCUAACAGUGGUUCCAGCAGAUGUGGUGAGUGUGCAGAUUUGGAUGUCGACUUUACGAAAAUUCGAAAAAAGAACAAGAAAAAAAUCAAGAAGCAAGAGAAGCAUGCUUCUAAAUCCAGGUCCGAUCGUCGUGACCCGGAGCCUUGUAAAGACCGCUCUAGAAGAAAUAGAAAGGUCAUAGAUGAUAGUGACGAUGAAGAAGAUGGAGACUGGGUCGUCCCUAAGAGUCAAAGAAUACCAACUGAUUUAGGCAAAGCUGGAGGAUCAGAUGACGAGGAUGCUGAAGGCGGGGGUGAUUGGAUAGGAUCGGAGGACUCAAAUACCGAGGAUGAGGUGAAUGAAGUCAUUAGCAUCUCUAGCUCCCAGGCCUCAGACGAAGAUGAGGAUGAGGACGAAGAAGAAGACGAAGAAAGCGAUGCUUACGGCAACGGAGAGGCAACUCUUCUCCCGUCCACCAAGAUUCAAGUCUUGAUGAAGAUUCUGAAGCGUGAAGCUCCUGAAUUCAAGUUUAUCGUGUUUUCUGUCUUUACCACAAUGCUUGACAAGAUCGAGCCUUUCUUAAAGCGGGCGAAUUUAGGAUACGCACGUUACGACGGCGGGAUGAGAAAUGACCUUCGAGAGGCCAGCCUCGAGCAACUGCGGAAUCGCCCCAGCACACGUGUUUUGCUGUGCAGCUUACGAGCUGGUUCACUUGGUCUCAACCUCACCGCCGCAAGCCGAGUAGUUAUUCUAGAGCCAUUCUGGAAUCCGUUUGUCGAAGAACAGGCAAUAGACCGCGUCCAUCGGCUUAACCAGACCGUGGACGUCAAGAUUUACAAGAUGACUAUUAAAGAAACAGUGGAAGCUCGGAUUCUGGCUCUUCAAGAGCGUAAACGAGAACUUGCCAAUGCUACCAUCGAAGGCAAGACUGCAGCAGGCAAACUCACCAUGCGUGACAUGAUGGCACUCUUCGGCCGAGAUGCAGAAGCCCGGUUUGAGCAUGAGCGUGAUGCUCCUGACCUGUCGCAAAAAACGAGAUUGCUCUCCAAAGAUGAUGAUGACACGGCAUCGUAUGGCGAUGCUUAUUCAGCAUCUUCGAGUCAACUAAAUCUGCAAGAUGCGCGGCGAAAGCAAACCAGAGACAGUAGCCGCUCUGAAGAUUCUGUGUAUGGUCGAAGGUGGUAA